UUUAUAUACCCUAUACUACCAAACUUCUCUUCCUCAAAUCAUAUCAUCUCCUCUCUCUUUCUUAUUAGUUGUAUACUCUUUGAGAUUUAUUACACUUUCACAAUAGAGAAAUGGCAGCUAAAAGAUACUUUGAUGACUCUGCUGAUCCUCAUUCCAACCACUCAAAUUACAAACGCAUGAGAAAAACACCUUCUUUUGCUUCUGUGAUUAAAGAAGUGGUGAUGGUGAAUUUCUUAGAUAACUUCUGCUCAGCCUUGGAACCCAUGCUCCGACGAGUGGUUCAUGAAGAGGUGGAAAAUGGACUAAGACGAUGUUCUCGAUCAAUAGGGAGAUCACCUUCAUUAAGAAUUAAAGCUAUGGAACCAUCAAACCUACGUUUGAUAUUCAACAAAAAGCCUUCUUUACCAAUAUUCACCAAUAGCAAGAUUGUGGAUUCACAUGGCCACCCUCUCCAGCUCCUACUUGUGGACGCAACCGGCGAUUGCCUGGUUCCGACCACCUUAGCUUCUCCGAUUAAAGUCGAAAUUGUCGUGCUCGACGGCGACUUUCCUAUCGGAGAAAAUGAAGCAACUUGGACAAAUGAAGAGUUCAAUAAGAAUAUGGUUAAGGAAAGAGUUGGAAAAAGACCAUUGCUUACUGGUGAACUUAAUAUAACUAUGAGAGAUGGUGUUGUUUCCCUUGGCGAUCUUGAAUUUACUGACAAUUCUAGUUGGAUUCGGAGUCGGAAGUUUCGGAUUGGUGCAAAGGUUGUUCAUGUUGGAAAGGGUCAAAAUAAUGUUCGAAUAUUGGAAGCCAUGACUGACUCUUUUAUGGUUAAAGACCACCGCGGAGAAUUGUAUAAGAAGCAUUAUCCACCAGCAUUGGGAGAUGAUGUGUGGCGUCUUGAAAAGAUUGGAAAAGAUGGAACUUUUCACAAGAAACUAACUUCACAUGGCAUCAAGACGGUACAAGAUUUUCUAAAGUUGGCAAAUAUUGACUCAGAAAAACUAAGAAGGAUACUUGGAAGCGGGAUGUCGGAAAAAAUGUGGGAAGUAACAUAUAGACAUGCAAAAACUUGUGAAAUGGGCACCAAAUCAUACAUAGCGAGAGGAACUACCUAUACUCUCUUCCUCAAUCCCAUAUGUCAAGUUGUUAAGGCAAUUAUUAAUGGGCAAAUUUGCCACAGUCGAGAAUUGCGAGGAAUCCAAAGGGCCUACAUUGAGAAUUUGGUGAAGGAUGCCUACAUAAAUUGGAGUUCUUUAGAAGAAGUUGAUGGUGGGCUGGUCAUGAAUGAACAAGCUCUACUUACUCAAGGAGAACCAAAGGUGCAUCAUCAGAAUGCCUAUCAACAGCAGCAUACAAUGCUAAGGAGUACACUUAUGAUUGCAAGUGGAUCUGAGCAAGCAGUAGAGUACAAUGAUUGGAAUAUUGUCAAUUCAGCCCAUAUUUGUUCCAAUGGAGUUCGUUAUAUCCCAGAAUCUUCUUCUGAAGGGGAAUUACAUUACCUAUGAAUUUUUAAAAAAUCAAGAAAAAGGGAAUCAAAGGGAUGAAUUUUACUGUCACGUUGAUCUCGGGCUUAAUUAAGUAAACUGACAUGACAUGGACAGUGAUAAGUUAUAUAGUCGGUUCCAUUUAUGAUUGAGGUGUACUUGUUGUAUGUAUGAACCCAAUCCACCAAACGAGGGGCAAAAUAUAUAGGAGUUGUGCCGCCCCUUUGUGAAAGGAUGUGUGGUUUGGCAAUAUUAUAAGAAUUCUCUGAA